AGUGUUGACCAAUCACAGCUCAGGGGUGAGAUUGUCUCGUCCUGGGAUCGCGAGAGGGGUGUAUACAGGGAGGCCAGGCAGCCUGGAGUUAGUCGACCGUUGCGAGACGUUGAGCUGCGGAAGAUGAGUCCGAAGCCGAGCGCCUCGGGACCUCCGGCCAAGGCUGAGGAGACGGGAAAGAGGAAGUCCUCCUCUCAGCUGAGCCCCAGUGGCCCGAAGAAGAAGACUACCAAGGUGGCCAAGAAGGGAAAAGCAGCUCGUGGAGGGAGAGGCAGGAAGAAAGGGGCUGCGACAAAGAUGGCGGCUGCGACAAAGAUGGCGGCCGCGACAAAGAUGGCGGCCGCGACAAAGAUGGCGGCCGCGACAAAGAUGGCGGCCGCGACAAAGAUGGCGGCCGUGACGGCACCUGAGGCGGAGAGCGGGCCAGCGGCACCCGGCCCCAGCGACCAGCCCAGCCAGGAGCUGCCUCAGCACGAGCUGCCGCCGGAGGAGCCAGUGAGCGAGGGGAGCCAGCACGACCCACUGAGUCAGGAGACCGAGCUGGAGGAACCACUGAGUCAGGAGACCGAGCUGGAGGAACCACUGAGUCAGGAGACCGAGCUGGAGGAACCACUGAGUCAGGAGACCGAGCUGGAGGAACCACUGAGUCAGGAGACCGAGCUGGAGGAACCACUGAGUCAGGAGACCGAGCUGGAGGAACCACUGAGUCAGGAGACCGAGCUGGAGGAACCACUGAGUCAGGAGACCGAGCUGGAGGAACCACUGAGUCAGGAGACCGAGCUGGAGGAACCACUGAGUCAGGAGACCGAGCUGGAAGAACCACCGAGUGUGCGGAUGGCCGAGUACUCCCCUGUCUGCGAGAGCAGCGACUAAGUUCAGGCCCAGCCGCCAGACCUCAGAGAUCUCACCAGCGGGGUGCUUGCCAUUCUGAUGAUAAUAAAAUGAAUGUGUUGCAAAUUG